AUGCACGGCCUCUCAGCGAAUUCCUUUCGUCUCCUCAUGCGCCUGGUCUUCCUGGAUCCGCACCACAUCCCUGAGAAGCUCAUAGUCCAUCUACCCGACUACGAGGUAGCUAGGGAUGAGCUCGUCAAGUCUGCGCUCGUCAAGCGGAAGGCAGAACCCGAGGAGGGUCUCGCCAUGCAAGAGCCGGCCCAAGACGCGCUGCGUGGCGGGCUGCUGCCGAUGGAAUGGCGCAGGGCUCUCGUGGGCGUUGUCGGGCUGCUUCUGAAUGUGUGGUCGUUUACCACGUUCGAGACGAGGAAUCAGCCCGCGAGGUGGAAGGUGUAUGAGAUGUGUGUGCCGCAUGCGGCGAGGUUGAGGGAGAUUGUGAGUCCGGAGAAGGCCCCGUGUCCAUCGGAAUGCCCGGCGGAUAUCGUGUUUGACAUGGCGAGGAUUUUUGAUGACGCUGCUUGGUACUCGGCCGAACGAGCUUCAUCGCCCGAAGAAACGGCUGCUUUUGCCCGUGCCACCUGGACUAUCGUAGACACCAUGCGCACAACCGAUUUGCUCGAGGUCAUCGAUCGCGUAUUCAAACAAUGGGACAUCGCCAGAGACUCGCUAGCUCUGGCUAUCUGCUACAACAACCUGGGCAUCGCGUACAGUCUGCUCAACGAUAUCCCCGCAUCGCUGGACGCAUGGGAGAUGGCGUAUGCGGGCUUUGGCGAGCGAGAAGGAAGGGUGCUGGAUUGCACGUGGCCGGCGGCCAGUCUGGCGCUUGUGUAUGCGCAGCGGGGCGAACCGGAGAAGGGGGCAAAGUUCCUCGAUCCGGUUUUCGACGAACUUCUCGACAGACGAGGGUGCGAUGACAGGACUACUUCGGAGACGGGUGUGAUCCUCCGGGCUAGGGGCCACUUGCGCGUGGCAGAGGAGAAUGUCGCAGAGGCCCUAGGCUUCCAUGAAUUGGCUCUCGCGAACCUGCGCGUUACAUUAGGCAACUCGCAUUACCAGACGGCGGACUGCAUGUACAACCUCGCGCAAGAUCUUCUGCAUUUCCGCCGCUACGAGGAAGCAAGCAAAUUGCUGGACGAAGCUAUAGAGGCGUAUGGCGAUAUUCCGCGGUACCGACCCACUGCUGCGCGGGCGCUUUGGAGAAAGGGCAGGCUGCUACGUGAGACUAGAAGGCAUCUGGAGGCGGAGGGCUUCUUGAGGGAGGCGAUGAGGGUGCGGAGGGAGAUUGUGCCUGAGGACGAGAGGGGAGAGGGGGAGCUUAAGGAGGAGGAUUGGGAUGCAUUGGUGGAUUACUAUUCGAGAUGA